AUGACAGAGUUAGUCGAGGAUGUAGUUUUGGAGAAGUCGGCAGGGGAUUCCAGUGGUGCUGGACAAUUGGACGAGGCUCAUGCAUGGGAGGCUGAUUACACUAAGAGUUGGAUCAACAUCACCAAAGACCAGCACGGCAAACUGGUAGUGCGAGACGAAGCCUCCAUUGCUCGGAAAUACCCGCGGAACUACGAUGGUGUGCUCCCAGUCUCAGCUGGUGAGGAUGGCGAACUAGUCCAUAAGCAGUCAAUGGCCUUGAAGAGAGGCUUACUACGGUUCCUGUACUUGGUAGUAGAUAUGAGCUCUGCUAUGCAGAAUAUGGAUUACAAACAGAAUAGGUUAGAUUUCGUAGUAUCGCAUCUUUGUCGUAAUUUCAUCCCCCAAUACUUCGACCUCAACCCUAUCAGUAACCUGUCCGUCCUUGCAUUACGAGACCAGAGGGCUCACUUCGUCACGCGUAUGUCGGGCCAACCGGCCUCCCAAAUGGAGCGAGUCCUCCAGUUCUCCACUGGUGGGGCCUCAGGCUCAGCAUCCCUCGUCAAUGCACUUGAAGCAGUGGGUCAGGCUGCUAAAGGGAGUCUACCUCGUUAUGGCACACGUGAGGUGUUAAUAGUAUGGGGUUCGUUGCACUCAGCAGAUCCACCUACCAGUGGAAAGCUCAUACCAGACUGUGUUGAUAGGCUUAUAGAGGAAAUCAAGCCCAACUCAGUGAGGGUGUCUGUGAUAUCACUAUCGCCAGAACUGUAUGCGUUACGGAAAGUUGUAGAGAUGACUGGUGGCACCUUCUCUGUUGCUACUAGUCCUAUACAUUUCAAACGUUUAAUGCAGAAGCAUCUCACGCCACCAAAUUGGGUGAGCUCCCCGAGCUAUAUCAAAAUGGGAUUCCCAGUACGAAGAGCAUGCGAUGGUAACCAUACAGCAGAUCCACCAAUAAAGUGUAUGUGUCACAAUAGGCUACAAAAGACCUUCGUGUACAUUUGUCCACAGUGCCACAGCCCAGUCUGUGAGAUACCAGUUAACUGUCCAGUAUGUAGACUUCCCUUAGUGGAUGAUGAUGCGCUGAAGAAACAUCAUCGACACAUUUACUCUAUGCCAACGUACACCUUACUACCGACGGUAGACUACCCCAAGUCCUAUACAUGCCAAUUUUGUGGAACUGACUUCACAGAGGGCGGCGCUAGAUGUGAUCAGUGUUUGAGUGAUGUUUGCUACGAAUGUGAUAUGUUUGCUCAUAACAAGCUCCGUCACUGUCCUGGAUGCUUGUAGUUUCUCA